CAGGGUGCAAGCCCUUGACGAUGCGUCGAUGUCACCCUCCGGGGCUCCGGGCUCCGCCUUGGCGCUCGUCUAUCUCCUAGCUUCUUUUCGAUGGUCUGAUAGAUCCAGGAUUGGUGUUUCGGAAGAUUCUACUUUGGAAGGUGCCAAGAACUGGGGAACUGGGAAAAAGCAAUAUGGGAGGUUGAUCGGAGGCUCAAAGGCCGGUUAAACACCAGGGGGACGUGGAUCCUGAGUUCGAGUACAAGAAGCUCGCCUCGUCCUGCUUUUGAGUUCUCUGAGCUUUUGGUCCGCAUCCUCUGCUUCCUCCCAUCCGGCACGGACCAAACCCUCACCAGCUCACCAGCUCACCACCAUGCUCGCCGAAACCUUCAUCUCCGCGGCCCUCCUCGCCACCACGGCCCUCGCCGCCCCGGCGCCCAACCCUAUCCAUCUCAUGACCCGCGCUCCCAACCCGGGUAUCGUCAUUACCAAGUGCGCCCAGCCCGGCAUGCUCGCUCUCGCCUACGAUGACGGUCCGUACCAGUACACCUCCAGGCUGGUCGACAUCCUCGACGCCGCUGGUGCCAAGGCCACCUUCUUCUGGACCGGCACUCUGUACGGAUGCAUCUACAACCAGGCCGCGGCCGUGAAGAAGGCGUUUGCUAGUGGUCAUCAGCUUGCUUCGCAUACUUGGACCCACUCCCACAUGUCCUCCAUGUCCGCCUCCCAAAUCACCACCGAAAUGACCAAAGUCGAAACCGCCUUCGCCAACCUCAUCGGCAAAAAGCCGCUCUACAUGCGUCCCCCUUACCUCGAAACCGGCGGGCAAGUCCUUCCCGUCCUGAAAUCGAUGAACUACAAGGUGAUCACGGACGACAUCGACACCGGUGACUGGAACAACCAGACGCCGGCGCAGUCGGAGGCCAAGUUCACUCAGGCCGGGGCCGGAGGCAAUGGUCAUAUCCCCCUGAUGCAUGAGGUGUAUUCGACGACGGUGAAUACGUUGACGCCGUGGUUGAUUAAUUGGGCGAAGCAGAAUGGUUUGAGACUAGUUACGGUGGCGGAGUGUUUGGGGGAUAAGGGGGGGGAGUAUCAGAGUGCGAGUUUUCCGGUGCAGCCGGGGCCGUUUUCGUGCUAGGUGGGCGGUUGGAGUAAGUUGAGGGCUGGGG